AUGGCUGACGACGAGGGUGCUUCUCCCCGCGAGCUGGUCGUGGAAGCCUGCCGCCGCGACCAACCACACCUAAUUGAGCAAGUCCUGCACGACAUGGAGAACCAAUCCAACGAGGACGUAGCCAAAUUCUUCAACAAAGUCACAGAUUCCAUGGGAAACCACGCAUUGCACAUCUGCGCCAGCUACGGCAGUUACGAUGACACACCACUGCACACCGCCGUACGUUUCGCCAACGAGAAAGACGCCGAGCUGGGCGCCGAGAUGAUCGCCAUGAUGUGCGAGGCUGGCUGCGAUCCGCGCGUGCGUAACAAGCAUGGGCAAAAACCGGCGGACUUGGUCUAUGAUAAGCCUGCCAUUAAGCAGACGCUUGCUUCGGCGGAGUAUAUCUUGGCGGAGGGUAUUCGCAAUGAUGAGGGGAAUGGGUCGGUGCAUGAUAGUGCCAGUGAUAGCGAGUAA